GGACUGAGAGCAGAGGCUGGAGCGGGAGGGGAGGUGCGGAAGACAGACAGAGAGGCAGGGCCCGGAGGAGGGAUCUUGCACUGGCCAGGGCGCCCACCAGGCCCCAGAGACACCAGCCCUCCCCAGACAUUCUGACAUCUGGGACCUUGGGUGGCUGAGAUCCCAGCCUGAUGCAGGCAGCCUGGCUUUUUGGGGCCCUAGUGGUCCCCCAGCUCUUGGGCUUUGGCCACGGGGCUCGGGGAACAGAAGAGUGGGAUGGGGGCUGGGGCGGCGCCCUGGAGGAGGAGCGGGAGAGGGAGGCCCUGAUGCUGAAGCAUUUGCAGGAGGCCCUGGGACUGCCGGCUGCCAGGGGGGCCGAGAAUCCCGCCCGAACUGUUGAAGAAAAAGAGAUCUGGGACACCCAGGAGACCCAGGGGGAAGAAGAGGAGGAGGCAGUACCAACGGCCGCCCCCAGCCCCAGCCCCAGCCCCAGCCCCUCUCCCACCCCCGAGGACGCCAUCACUUAUAUCUUGGGCCGCCUUGCCGGCCUGGACGCAGGCCUGCACCAGUUGCACGUCCGUCUGCACGCGUUGGACACCCGCGUGGUCCAGCUGACACAGGGGCUGCGGCAGCAGCAGGAGGCGGUGCGCGACACCCGCGACACGGUGGAAGCCCUGCAGGAGGCGCAGGGCCGCGCCGAGCGCUUGCACGGCCGCCUGGAGGGCUGCCUGAAGGGGCUGCGCCUGGGCCACAAGUGCUUCCUGCUCUCGCGCGACUUCGAGGCGCAGGCGGCGGCGCAGGCGCGGUGCGCUGCGCGGGGCGGGAGCUUGGCCCAGCCUGCGGAUCGCCCACAGAUGGAAGCGCUCAGCCGCUACCUGCGCGCGGCGCUCGCUCCCUACAACUGGCCGGUGUGGCUGGGCGUGCACGACCGGCGCGCGGAAGGGCUCUACCUCUUCGAGAACGGCCAGCGCGUGUCCUUCUUCGCCUGGCACCGCGCGCCCAGCCCCGAGCCGGGCGCCCGCCCCAGCUCUGCGCCGCACCCGCUCAGCCCCAACCAGCCCAACGGCGGCGCGCUGGAGAACUGCGUGGCGCAGGCCUCGGACGACGGCUCCUGGUGGGACCACGACUGCGAGCGGCGCCUCUACUACGUCUGCGAGUUCCCCUUCUAGCGGGGUCCUUGCCUGCUGCGUGCACCUUCGGUAGCGCCCUUCCCCCGCGAAGUGCACCCCACCCCCGGCUGGCUGGGCGCUCCCGGGAGGGCUCUGGCGGGACCAGGACCCCUUCCGUCCUCCUGCCUUUUCUGGAAGUGCGAACACCAGCUAGGUCAGGCGCCAAUAAAGCCUUGUGGAGUCUGACUUGA